UCUGUCUUUUGAUGUUAAAUACGACCCUGCCAGACCGAUGAAGGCUUUUUGAAUCAGAUUCCUCUGUACACUAUUCCCUGACCUCUCUGUCAACAUCAUGACCACCACUACCGUCGCCCAGGGCUUCCUGGGAAACCUGACAUCGGACCAGGAGUCCCGUCUGCGCCAGCUCUGGUCCAUCGUGCUGAAGCUGCACAACGCUGGGGCUCAGGGCUCGCAUGAACAAACCUCGCUGGCUCGCACGGAGACCGCCGCCUCCGCCAACCCGAACUCAGCCUACACCACCGAAUUCGCCCAGACCCUGCAGGAUGUCGGCAUCCAGGGAGCGGAGCUGAAGUCGGUUCGCGACGCCCUGGCCAACACCUCCAUCGACGAGCUCCGUCUGAGUCUCCUGAGCACGGCGAAGCAUGACCACCCGGACGCGUUGAUGCUGCGGUUCCUGCGGGCCCGCAAGUGGGACGUGAACAAGGCGUUCGUGAUGAUGCUGCACGCCCUGGUGUGGCGUAUCAAGGACCAGCACGUCGACGACAAGGUGAUUGCCAAUUCGGAGCUGGAUGCGCUCAAGGACUCGCAGAACAAGGCCGACCCGCAGGUUGCGAAGGCCGGCAGCUCGUUCCUAGCGCAGAUGCGCUGCGGUAAGGCAUACUUCCACGGUGUCGACCGGGUCGGUCGCCCCAUUGGCGUUGUCAAGGCUCGACUGCAUAAGCCUGCGGAGCAGAGUGAGGAGGUGAUCAACCGGUACAUUCUGCAUGUUAUCGAGACGGCGCGAUUGCUGUUGGUGCCGCCGAUGGAGAACGUGACUAUCGUGUUCGAUUUGACGGGAUUCUCACUCUCCAACAUGGAAUAUGCCCCCGUCAAGUUCCUCAUCGACUGUUUCCAGAACAACUACCCCGAAUCACUGGGCACCAUGCUCAUCCACAACGCCCCGUGGGUCUUCUCAGGAAUCUGGCGCAUCAUCAAGGCCUGGAUGGACCCCGUCAUUGUCUCCAAGAUCCACUUCACCAACUCCGUCGCCGACCUGGAGAAAUACAUUGCCCCGGACCAGAUCGUCAAGGAGCUCAAAGGAAAGGAACAAUGGGACUACGAAUACGUCGAGCCCGUCGAAGGCGAAAACGCCAAGAUGGCCGACACGGAAACGCGCGAUGUACUCACGGCGGAGCGUCAGCGCAUCGGCGACGAUCUGCUGCGCGUCACCGGCGAGUGGAUCGACGCAGCCAAGGCGAACAACAAGCAACAGGAGAGUGAAGUCAAGGCUCGGAGGGCCGACGUGGCCGAGGACUUGCGACUGAACUACUGGCGGUUGGAUCCGUAUGUGCGAGGUCGCAACUGUCUGGACCGCACCGGUGUCAUCCGACAGGGAGGCAGGAUCGAUUUUUAUCCCAGCCCCGACAGCUUGACGGAUGCUGAACUGGCGAAGGCGCUGGAGGUGGAGCAUGUAGAGAGGACUCAGGUGAAGGUGGUGAACGUUUGAUAUCCUGUUUUUCGUUACAAUUUAUACCAGGAUCUACCUACAUAGUGUCGGUGAAUGGAGUUUUUGUUAUCUUUCACGUUCUAAUACCUUGAUUGCAAUGAGUCUAAUGUCGAUUUCUAUCCAAGCUCCUGGGGCAUGAAUAUAUCCUAAAGACGAGCCAGCGG